AUGAGCGCACACAAACAGGUUGAACAGGAAGAGCUGGCGAUAGGGACCGUUAUAUUCACAGCAGGAGAUGCCAAACAACAGGCUGAUUGCUGGGACGACAGCGAGUUGAUAGAUCAUUGGGAUAGAACAGUGGAAGCCUAUAGAAGGCAAUGUUUGGGUCAGAGCAAAUCUUCAACAGUAGAUCCGCCAUAUCAUCAGAAAAAAAUCAGCCAUAAAACAAAACAAGGACACAUAGCUAAAAGCAAGGCCUUACCGAGAAAGAAGAUCUUACCAGCAUCUAAACCCGCACUGCGGAAAGACAUUGAUACAGCCAUCCAUGCGAAUGAUACUACCCAUGUGCCACCACCCCCUCAGUUGCCCGCCAUGCCUGGUGGAUCUAAUAAUCAGGAGGAUCUUUCCAAUUUAAUGAUGGCCUGGUACUACUGUGGAUACUACACAGGACUCUAUCAAGGGCAGCAGCAGCAAUAG